GCCCUGCAAACUAUCUAAAUUGUAAUUUUGAACAUCAGUCCAGUAGAAACAGCCAAAGUCGGACGACAUUAUUACUUGUAAAUCAGUGUUUUGUACAUAAAUUGUUUAUGAGUUAAUUGAGUUUUAUUUCUGCAAAAUUGAAGCUCCAUUAAAUCGUCAAUAUAUAGUCGUACAAUAUUUUUGAAACGGGGAAAAUGUACAUUUCUCAGAACAUGUCGGACCAAUCUGGAAUUAUCAAGCAGUUGGCUACAGGUGCGCCCUUAUUAUUUCACGCUGAAGAUGACCACAAUAAUCAGAGCAUCGUCGAAGGUGGAUUUCUAUCUGGGAGAAACCCCUUUGUUUUCGUGCCAUUUGCUCCACUGCCAACGUUUAUUGUGCAACUUGUAGUAAUUGUUUGUAUGUCAAGAUUCGUCAAGUUUUUCCUUUCACCAAUUAAACAACCUGCUGUGAUCGCAGAGACGAUUUCGGGUAUCAUACUUGGUCCAACUUGUAUGGGACAUAUUCCGUACUUUUCUGACACCAUAUUUUCCAAACCAUCGCUUCCAUUUCUCAACCUCAUGUCAAACUUUGGAUUGGUUUUGUUUCUCUUCCUUGUUGGACUGGAAUUGGAUCCUCGGAUGUUGAAGAAAAGUUUAAGAAACAGUUUGACCAUCUCACUGACCGGAAUGGCACUUCCCUUCGCCUUGGGUGCUGGUGUUUCGUACAUCCUUUACACAUACAUGGAACCACCCUCACAUCAGAAUGGUUUCACGAAAUACUUUCUCUUCCUUGGAGUUUCUUUCUCUAUCACUGCUUUCCCAGUGCUUGCAAGAAUACUCACAGAGUUGGAGCUUCUUAAGACGAAAGUUGGCAGCAUUACCAUUUCCGCUGCUGCGGUUGACGACGCUACAAGUUGGUGUUUAUUGGCAUUGGUCAUAUCGCUCAUCAACGCAGGCUCAGGUCUCAUCGCCCUCUACGUCUUCCUCAUGGGUCUGGGAUACUCCUUCUUCCUCCUUUUCAUUGUCCGGCCCAUGUUCGCCUGGCUGUUACGAAGAUCUGGCGACGGCACUCAGUCUCAUGUCAUGAUGUUCCUCGCCCUCAUGAUCGUCUUCGUCUCUGCCUUUAUCACGGACGCCAUCGGGAUACAUGCCAUCUUUGGCGGCUUCCUCACCGGGAUCAUCAUGCCACGCGAGGGUGGCUUUGCCUUCCACAUCACCGAAAAACUGGAAGACAUUGUAUCUAUUCUAUUUCUACCCUUGUACUUUGCCCUGUCUGGACUCCGAACUUCUAUCGGAUCCCUGGACGAUCCCCUCAGCUGGGCCAUUGUCCUCCUCGUCAUUUGUGUGGCAUGUUUUGGUAAAAUCUUUGGAUGCAUGUUAGCCGCAAAGAUAACCAAGAUGAACUGGCGUGAAUCUAUCACUGUCGGGUGUCUCAUGAAUUGUAAAGGGCUAGUCGAACUUAUCGUUCUCAAUUUGGGCUACGACGCCCACGUAAUUUCACAGCGUACCUUUGCAAUUAUGGUUAUCAUGGCGUUGGUCACCACUUUCAUCACCGUGCCCCUAGUAUCAUACAUCUACCCACCAGUUUACCACGAUAAAUCUGACAUCCAGUUAUGAACAAUUACAUAAUUGUGGAGUGCAACAACGAUCAAUAGAGUAUCGUUUAAUCCAGUACAACAAAAAUGUCUAAAUGGAAUGGAAUGGAAUUUUAAUAAUUUAAAGUAGCUCGGAAUUUUAACUGUAGCUUAACUGUAAUUUUUUUUAACUUAGGAUGAACGAUAAUUGUAUCGGAAAUAAAAACCAAAUGCAAUUGAAAAUAUA